GACACUACUUCCUCCUCACGCUUUUCUCUUGCGUGCUUUCACCCACAAUUACCUUCUUAUUCAUUUCAAACACGCUGAAAUAUUUCAGGUGGAGAGAACACAGAGAUAAAUGAAAUGUCUGCCAAACCAACUUGUUUGAUAGUGGCGAGUGCUUCUCCUCAAGGGGUGUCAGCAAAGUCUUUCCACCAGUCCUUCAGCCUUUGUGCCUCAGCGUUUAAUCUCCAGACAGCCACACCGGGGGGGAAGCCAAUAGACUUUGUUGGAGUCGAUGAAAGCACAGCUAGAUGGGUGCAGGACUUCAACGUGAAACCCUAUGCAACACCAGCCAAACUUGAAUCUAUAGAUGGUGCCCGAUACCAAGCGCUGCUCAUCCCGGACUGUGAUGGAGCAUUAAAUGACCUGGCACACAGCGGCUCGUUGCAUCGUAUUCUCACACACUUCAUCUCUCACCAAAAGCCGGUUUGUGCAGUGGGGCAAGGAGUGUCAGCGCUGUGUUGUGCCACAGAGGGACAGAGCUGGAUCUUCAGUGGCUAUAGCUUAACAGGGCCAUCAGUGUUUGAGCUGGUGCGGAGGCCUGACUUUGCCAACCUGCCCUUGGUCGUGGAAGACUUUGUGAAAGACAGUGGUGGAUCAUACACAGCAAGUCAAGAAGACUCUGUUCAUGUAGUCAUAGACAGACACCUAAUAACUGGUCAGAAUAUGCAGUCGACCUCACUUGCUGUAAAUAAUCUAAUCCUGCUCUGUAGUGCAAAGUAAAAAUAGAAAAUGGAGUUUUGUUGUUCCACAUGUAUAUUCAUUUAAUUAGAGAAACACACAUCUCAGACAAAUAUUGGAAAAUGCUGGGUCAGAACAGAUGUUGCGGCAACACCGUAGAUAGAAAUUCAUUAACUGAUAGUGCUUUUAAACCUACAAACCUAAUAAAAAACAAUCAAAUGUC